ACAACUUUCAGGAAGUGAUAAGGUUUUGUUUUCUGUUUCGCACCGAGCCAUUAAGAAUCAGUUUCAUGGGAGAAGGCUAAACAUUUCAGGAAGGCAUUUACUUUACACUAUUAAUUGCUACACCUUAUCGACUUCUUUCUGCCCAAAAAGUCCAACUGACGACGUGCGGUUUCGAUUCCUUCGGAGUUUCCAUGGCACCACGAAGAAAGAGUACGUUACCGAAACCACUCCCAGACGGCUUCAUACUGACAGAUACUGUGAAAAAGAAAUGGAGGCUGGGGAAAAUCAUCGGUCAAGGUGGCUUUGGACUGAUCUAUCUCGCCUCCCAGGUUGUGGACAGACCUGUGGCAGCAGACACUGACUUUGUCAUAAAAGUGGAGUACCAGGAGAAUGGUCCCCUGUUCUCGGAGCUCAAGUUCUACCAAAGGGCAGCCAGACCAGAGAGCAUGCAAAAAUGGAUGAGAAGCAGGAAACUGGACUUUCUGGGCAUCCCAACCUACUGGGGAUCAGGACUCGCUGAAUAUAAUGACCUCAGGUAUCGUUUCAUGGCCAUGGACCGGCUGGGCUGUGACCUUCAGAAAGUCUGUGAGCACAAUGAAGGUCGACUGAAAAAGGCAACCGUGCUCCAGCUUGGUCAAGGACUAGUGGAUGUUCUGGAGUAUAUCCAUGAGAAUGAGUAUGUCCAUGCAGACAUUAAAGCUGCCAACCUCAUGCAGGGUUACAGAGACCCUGAAAAGGUCUACCUAGCAGACUAUGGGCUGUCCUACAGAUACUGUCCUGAUGGAGUCCACAAAGAAUACAAGGAAAACCCCAAGAAGUGCCACAAUGGAACCAUCGAGUACACCAGUCUUGAUGCCCACAAAGGACUUGCCCCAUCUAGACGUGGUGACCUCCAGAUUUUGGGUUUUUGUCUUCUUCAGUGGUUGUGUGGGUCUCUUCCUUGGGACAGUGUUCUCAAGCACCCGGCUCAGGUCCAGGAAGCCAAGACCAGAAUGAUGGAUAAUCUGCCAGACUCAGUCCAGCAGCUGUCAGUGAGCAGAGGAAGCACAGAUGAGGUGGCUGCGUUCCUCCUUUAUGUGAAAACUCUAGACUACCAAGCUAAACCAGACUACCAACAUCUCAAAGACCUGUUGGCCAGUGUUGUCAAGGGAAGACUUGACUUCUCCAAGCCUCAGGGACCUGCAGGGAAGUCAUCCACCAAGGUAGUAGAUCCUCGCACCAGGGAAAAGAAGGAAGAGGCUUCGCCUGCUGUCAGAAGAUCACUGAGGCCAAGGCCUGAACCUGUGAAGACUUAUGAAGAUAAUCGUGAAGAUGAGGAUGAAGAUAAGACCAGACCCAGACCCAUUCUUGCAUGCUAUCUCAGAGGCCCUCCAGUAGGCCCCAGAACUCAGUCUAAGCAGAAAAAUAAAUCAAACGGGACCCCCAGGAGAAGAGAAAACCUGACUGUUACCUCAGCAAGACAGGAACAAGGAAUCCACCCACAAAGGAGAAAACAAAUAUUCCUGGACUGUGACAGUAAGAGUGGUGGUACAGUAACCUCUGUCAUGAACACAGAGACAGCUGUGGUGAUUGGUAAAGGUCUGCUGCCAAAGGUCCAGGACAGUAACCUCUGUAAUGAACACAGAGACAGCUUUGGUGAUUGGGAAGGGUCUGCUCUCAAAGCUCCAGGACGGGAAACUGGAUCCGCAAAGAGGAACAGGCGGUUGCACUGGUUUGUCUUUGUAGGUGUCUUUGUUUUCUUGGGGCUUGGAGUUUGUCAAAGUGCAUUUAAACCCUUUUGA